AUGUCCCCUUCGCAGAUCCUGGACGCUGCGAAUCGGCAGGUCUUCUUGGGCACAUUUGUACACAGCAAGAGCCGCGCCGAGCUCGAGUACAUGCAUGACACUGCUGUUUAUGUCGAUGAGCAUGGUGUCAUUGCCAAGAUUCAGAAGAGCGGAAGCGAUACUGUGGAAGAAACGCUCAAGGAUCUCGGCUGGGACGCGGCCUCAGUCGACCGGCACGUCUCUACAGAGGGCCAGUUCUUCUUCCCUGGACUCAUUGAUACACAUGUUCAUGCCUCCCAGUACCCCAACGUCGGCAUCUUUGGCAAGACUACCCUCCUCGACUGGCUGGAGAAGUACACCUUCCCGCUCGAGUCGAGCCUCAAGGACCUCAACAAGGCUCGGAGAGUCUACUCGGCCUGCGUUCGCCGGACACUAGCCCAUGGAACCACAACAGCCGCCUACUACGCCACGACAGACGUUGCCGCAACAAACCUGCUGGCAGACCUGUGUCUCAAGAUGGGACAGCGUGCCUUCGUCGGCCGCGUCGCCAUGGACAACCCCGACCUAUGCCCAGACUACUACCGGGACGAGUCGGCCAAGGCAUCCGCCGAGCUCACCGAGCAGACAAUCCAGCACAUCAAGAACGCCGACCCGGGAUACGACAUCGUCUCGCCCAUCGUGACCCCGCGCUUCGCGCCCUCGUGCACCAGCGAGGCCAUGCACCACCUCUCAGCCCUCCAGCGCAAGCACGACCUCCCCGUCCAGACCCACGUCUCGGAGAAUAAGGGGGAGAUCGACCUGGUGGCCAGCAUGUUCCCCGACUCGACGUCGUACGCGGACGUGUACGACCGGCACGGGCUGCUGACGCCGCGCACCAUCCUGGCGCACGCGGUGCACCUGACCAAGGCCGAGGCGGAUGUCGUGGCGGCGCGCGGGGCCAAGGUCUCGCACUGCGCGUGCAGCAACAGCUCGCUGACGAGCGGCGCGGCGAGGGUGCGGUGGCUGUGGGGGAGGGGCAUCGAGGUCGGGCUCGGGACGGACAUGAGCGGCGGGUACAGCUCGUCGGUGCUCGAGGCGGCGAGGCAGGCUGCGCUGGUGAGCCGGCACGUGGCCAUGGGCGAGGAGAGCGGCGACAGGCACAAGUUGACGGUGGACGAGGUGCUGUACCUGGCUACGAGGGGAGGGGCCAUCUGCGUUGGGCUGGAGGACAAGAUUGGGGGGUUUGAGGAGGGGAAACAUUGGGACGCGCAGCUGAUUGGGAUGCGGACCGUCGGGCCAGGGGAGGGAGAGGACGGUGAGACUGAGAGUGAGGAUGGCAAUGUUGACCUGUUUAGCUGGGAGGACUGGGAGGAGACGAUGGCCAAGUGGCUGUACGGCGGAGACGAUCGCAACACCAAGAAGGUCUGGGUCAAGGGACGGCUGGUGCAUUCACGACGGGGAAGUGGCCGUCAGACCAAAUAA